UUGUAUAUUCGAGUAUCAAAAUUUUGCAUAUCUAAAAAAUGAGCACCACAAAGAUGUUAGUGAAGCCUACUCACUCAAACACAUCUCAAAUCCUCUACCACCGACGGCCACAGAAAAAACCCUUCGUCCACGGCGUCGACGGUGCAACGUCGUCGUUUCAAAUCCUCUCACUACCUAAACGACACAAAACCAGUCGUCGUACACGUCGCGUUUGCAGUACCACCGGUCCCAGAAGUUGUACCAUAAAAGCCGUCGCCAGUAGUAGUUCUCCAAGUACUACUACUGAUCAGUUUCAGCAAGAAGUUCAGUCAUCUGUGGAUGAGAUUGAGGAAGCCAUUGCCGUUAAAGCGGUGGUUACUGUACAGCCAACGGUCACCGGUUUCAUCAGAAACCUUGGGAUAGGCCGUGGUCUUGAUGAUAUACAAGAUUUGCUUGGUAAAACGUUCCUCUUGGAGCUUGUUAGUGCAGAGCUUGAUCCCAAGACUGGAGAAGAGAAGGAGACCGUUCAAGGAUAUGCACAUAAAUUGGGCAAAAAAGAGGAUGGGGUAAAAUAUGAAGCAAGCUUUAAAGUUCCCGUCAAUUUUGGACGUAUUGGAGCUGUUUUAGUGGAGAAUGAGCACCAUAGAGAGAUGUAUGUGUCAGACAUAGUCCUCGAUGGCUUAUCCAAUGGCCCUGUAAAUAUCAUAUGUGGUUCAUGGGUUCACUCCAAGUUCGACAAUCCUGAAAAGAGAAUAUUUUUCACCUCUAAGUCAUAUUUGCCAUCACAAACACCAAGUGGAUUGAGAAGACACAGAGAAGAAGAGCUUGUGAACUUGAGAGGUAAUGGAGAAGGAGAACGAAAACAUAUUGAUAGAAUAUACGAUUACGAUGUGUACAAUGACAUCGGUGACCCUGAUCGGAAGUUGAAGCUCGGAAGGCCGGUGCUCGGCGGUGAAGAGCGCCCUUAUCCCCGGCGCUGCAGGACUGGACGUCCACCUUGUGAAUCAGAUUCAUUGUCUGAGAAAAGGACUGGAAGGUUUUAUGUACCAAGGGACGAGUGCUUCUCGGAGAUAAAGCAGCUAACUUUUUCAGCAAAGACUUUGUACUCAGUAUUGCAUGCGUUGUCACCUUCCCUAGCCACUGUGAUGGUCGACAGAGACCUUGGCUUCCCUUACCUGACCGCCAUUGAUGCUCUUUUCAGCAAAGGAGUUGACUUGCCUCCCAUUGGCACCGAUGGCUUUCUCAGAAAAGUCAUGCCUCGUGUUGUCAAGACCAUCAAAGACAGUGGCCAAGACGUCUUGCGUUUUGAGCCCCCUGAGACUAUUAACAGGGACAAGCUGUUUUGGUUUAGGGAUGAGGAGUUUGCUAGGCAAACUCUUGCUGGGCUUAACCCUUGCAGCAUUCGCUUGAUCACAGAAUGGCCAAUUAAGAGCAAACUCGACCCUGCGAUUUAUGGUCCACAAGAAUCAUCAAUCACAGAAGACAUGAUAAAUCAAGAGAUUGGCGGCAUCAUGAAAGUUGAUGAGGCCAUAAAACAGAAGAAGUUGUUUAUAUUAGAUUACCAUGAUCUGCUACUACCAUUCGUUCACUCAGUACGAGAACUUAAAGGAACAACUUUGUAUGGAUCAAGGACAGUCUUUUUCCUAAACCCAGAUGGCACUUUGAGGCCAUUAGCCAUUGAGCUGACUCGGCCACCGCAUUUGGAUACGCCUCACUGGAGCCAAGUUUUCUCACCUUGUUGGCAUUCCACAGGAGUUUGGCUAUGGAGGCUAGCUAAAGUUCAUGUUCUUGCUCAUGAUUCUGGUUAUCAUCAACUUGUUGCUCAUUGGCUAAAGACUCACUCUGUUACAGAACCAUAUGUGAUUGCCACAAAUAGGCAACUUAGUGUAAUGCAUCCAGUCCAUAGGCUAUUGCAUCCUCAUUUUCGGUACACAAUGGAGAUCAAUGCACUUGCUCGAGAAGCGCUUAUCAAUGCAGAUGGUACCAUUGAGACUGCAUUUUCACCAGGAAAGUACUCUGUUGAGCUUAGCUCAGUCGCAUAUGACCAGGAGUGGAGAUUUGAUUUACAAGCAUUGCCUGCAGAUCUCAUUAGCAGGGGAAUGGCUGUUGAGGAUCCUACUGCUCCACAUGGUCUAAAGCUCUCAAUUGAAGACUACCCUUAUGCAAACGAUGGCCUCAUAAUGUGGGAUACUAUCAAACAAUGGGUGACAGACUAUGUCAAUCAUUACUACCCAAAUGCUAGUCUUGUCGAGUCUGAUCACGAGCUCCAAGCAUGGUGGACAGAAAUUCGAACAGUAGGCCAUGCUGACAAAAAAGAUGAACCAUGGUGGCCUGUCCUUAACACCCCAAAAGAUCUCAUAGAGAUACUUACAACCAUGGUGUGGGUGACCUCUGGUUACCAUGCAGCAGUGAACUUUGGUCAAUAUACUUAUGGUGGUUACUUCCCUAACCGACCUACAAUUGCUAGAACUAAUAUCCCAAGCGAAGAUCCCGAUGAGGAGGAAUGGAAAGCAUUUGUUAAGAAACCUGAGUCUGCUCUUUUGAAAUGCUUCCCUUCACAGCUUCAAGCAACAAGGGUCAUGGCUGUUCUAGACAUUUUGUCGAACCAUUCUCCGGACGAGGAGUAUCUUGGAGAGAAGAUGGAGAAGGCUUGGGCUGACGAUCCUGUGAUAAAAGCAGCAUUUGAACGAUUUAAUGGAAGGUUGAAGGUGCUGGAGGGAAUUAUUGAUGAGAGAAAUGAAGACUCUAAUUUGAGAAAUAGAAAUGGAGCUGGGAUUAUUCCUUAUGAGCUCUUAAAACCAUUCUCAACUCCUGGUGUGACCGGGAAAGGUGUACCAUAUAGCAUUUCUAUAUGAAAAUAUAUGUCCUUGUAAUGCGUGUGAAAUUAGUAGCUAGGAGGUAAAACAUCAAUAAGAACAUCUUAUGAUCGAAGAAAGAAACUUGUUGAACUAGUUUAUCAUGUGUAAAACUUAAAUGACUUGAUCGUUACACGAAUUAUUAUUAGGUAAAACUUUUUUAAUUAUGCCCUUAAUUAGGGAUCACAGAA